AUGGAAUGGAAUUCUGCACAUCGUACUCUCUCUCCCUUUGUUAAGGUUAUUUUUGAACCAUGUGGCGUAGUUCUCCAACCAUCCCUUGUCUGGGAUCCCUUGUCUGGGCGCGACAAAAGAAAUUUGUACUGCGUCGAUCUCGAUUUUGAUGCUGUCGAGUUUUCCACCCCAGCCCUCUGUCGUGGCAUGAGAGGUCCCAGCAGGCUUCGCGACAUGGGAUGA